ACGACCGAUAAACAAACCGAUUCAAAGACUCUUUAAUUAAACAAGUUUUUUUUUUUUUCAUUCCCUCUUCGUUUCCACCUUCAGCCGGCUGAUUUACCAGACUUUUAUAAGUCGUAAAGUUCCUUACAAAUUUCCAAAUUUCGAAUCCUUUUAAUACAAUUGAUUGUGAUUCAGCUAAUAGGAUUAGAUUGUGUUAUUGAUCGGAUUUUUCGCAUUUGCAGGAUACACAGAAAUCUUGAUAUAAACAGGUGAAUUCUAAGGUUUUUAAUCACUUUUUCUUUUUCUUUCAUCUCUUUAUUGAUCUGAUUACGUUUUGAUUUUGAUUCUUAAUUUGGAUAUGGUUUUUGGGUUUUGAUCAGAAUUUGAUUUUGGCAUCUGGGUCUUAAUCAAAAUUUGAUUUUGAUUUCUGGGUAUUGAUCAAAUUUUGAUUCUCAUUUUUGGGUCUUGGUCAAGAUUUGGCUAUGUUUUCUGGAUUCUGAUCAAGAUUUGAUUUUGAUUUCUGGGUAUUGAUCAAAAUUUGAUUUUGAUUUCUGGGUAUUGAUUAGAAUAUCAUUUUGGUUUCUGGGUAUUGAUCAAGAUUUGAUUUUGAUUUCUGGGUAUUGAUCAAGAUUUGAUUUUGGAUUCUGGGUAUUGAUCAAAAUUUUUAAAAAUAUUUUGGUUGUGUUUUGAUCACUUAACACAAAUGGUCUGUUUCCAUAACUCAGUUCCAGUUAGCCACCAUAUGAACAUGGCUAAUCAUUCACAAAAAUCAUCAAAAAGAAUACCAAUUUCAACAUGUGAACAAUCUUCAUCAGCUUUGAUUGAUUUGAUCAUUCUAAUUGCUGUUAUCGGUUCUUGUGGGUUCCUUAUUUAUCCAUAUGUAAAACUUUUAUUUAAUGGAACACUCGGAUUUCUCGAAACAAUCAUAUUUGUGGUCAAAGAUGAAGUUUUAGAUGCCCCAUUGAUAUACGGAUGUUUAUGCCUUAGUAUUCUUAGUGCAUCAAUGGCUGUUUUGGCUAUUACUAUAUGUACCUCUCAUAAAUGUGGUAAACCGGGUUGUCGUGGGCUGAACAAGGCUGCUGAAUUUGAUAUCCAGCUUGAGUCCGAUAAUAGUCCAACCAAUUCAAGUUCCUCUAAUGGUACUAGUAAUUUGGGUAGAAUUGGAUUGAAAAAAGGAUUGUUUGAAUUGCCAAGGGAUUACCAUAAAGAGUUAGAGGCCGAGCUUAAGAAGAUGGCUCCGGUUAAUGGAAGAGCGGUUCUUGUUUUUCGAGCUAAGUGUGGUUGUUCUCUUGGUAGAAUGGAAGUUCCUGGCCCAAAGAAAAACAACAACAAAAAGAUCAAAAAGUAGUUUAAUGAUAAAUUUUGUGUUUACUUGCAUAUAAAACAUGAUUAAAAUAAGGUGUACGGAUAUGAAGUGGGAAAUAUACAAUCUUUAGUAUAUACCUUGUGAUGAGAUUAUGAUAUAAAGAUUUAUGCUUUGAUGUUCU